AUGCCAAGGGAUAGAGACCCGCUAGUAGUGGGUCGGGUUAUAGGUGAAGUAUUAGAUCCAUUCACAAGAUCCAUUGGACUUAGAGUUAUUUACAAUAACAGAGAAGUUUCUAAUGGCUGUGAGUUUAGGCCAUCUCAAGUCGUUAACCAGCCUAGAGUUGAUGUCGGUGGCGAUGAUCUUCGCACUUUCUACACUCUGGUUAUGGUAGACCCUGAUGCUCCAAGCCCUAGCGAUCCUAAUCUUAGAGAAUAUUUGCACUGGCUGGUUACUGAUAUUCCUGCCACAACUGGAGCAACAUUUGGUCAGGAGAUUGUGUGCUAUGAGAAUCCUCGUCCGUCUAUGGGCAUCCACCGAUUUGUGUUUGUGUUGUUUCGUCAGCUCGGGCGACAGACAGUGUAUGCACCGGGCUGGCGCCAGAAUUUCAACACCAGAGAUUUUGCGGAGCUGUAUAAUCUCGGUUCUCCUGUGGCGGCCGUUUACUUCAAUUGUCAACGGGAGAGUGGCUCGGGCGGGAGGAGACGUUAA